AUGCGCGCCCGUCUCGCCAUAAUCGGCGGCAUAGUUGUGCUCUUCUUUCUAACCUCGUACCUCCUGCUGCCAUCCACGACCUCUCCCAGCGCGGCAUCACCGCCACCUCUCCCCGAAAUCCACGUCUCAGCCGACAUCCUCUCGGGCGAGGCGAUAAUGCCGAAGCUCGGCAACGAAACAGCCAAAGCCGAACUCGGCCGCGCCGCCUGGAAGCUUUUGCACACGACGUUAUCGCGGUACCCGAUGAAGCCGUCCGCAGGCGAGCGCGAAGCGCUCCGCUCUUACCUCUACCUGUUCGCACGCCUCUACCCGUGCGGCGAGUGCGCGGCGCACUUCCGUCUGCUUCUGCAACAGUACCCCCCGCAAACGUCGAGUCGCGAUGCGGCUGCCCAGUGGGGCUGCUACCUACAUAACCUGGUCAAUGAACGCCUCGGUAAACAGCAGUUUGAUUGUGCCAGUGUGAGCGAGGUGUAUAAGUGUGGGUGUGCGGAUGCGGAUGCGGAGGAGGAUGCGGCGGCGCCGCUGCCGGAGGGUGCGAAGGAGGGUGCGAAGGAGGGUGGGAAGGCGCCCGAGAAGUUGGCGGGCGCCGGGGUGCUGGAGGAGAAUGUCAGGCGUGCUGGGGAUAAGGUCGAGAUUGAGGUUGGCCCGUGA